CGAAUCCCAACUCAACUACUCCAACCUCAGUCAAAGAAAAGAGGAAUACCGAGGAAUCAGGAAACACGGACAAAUACCACACAACACCUUUACAUAGAAACAAUGCAGACCUGAGCGGGACAACCAGUUGAGUGAGAGAGAGUGAGACAGUUUGCCUUGCGAGUAAGAUGGGGUUCGGCCGGGACCUGCGGAACUCCCACGAGGGUCUGAUUAAGCUUCAGGACUGGGAGCUGAGGCUGCUGGAGACGGUGAAGCGCUUUAUGACCCUGCGGGUGAAGAGUGAUAAGGAAUACGCCUCGCUCCUGCUCAACAUCAGCCAGCAGGUGGACAAGCAUGAAAACUCCUCUCAGAUACACUAUGUCAGCAAUGUCUCCAAGUCAUGGACUCACAUGGUGCAGCAGACGGAGCAGUUAAGUAAGAUCAUGAAGUCUCAUGCAGAGGAGCUGAACUCAGGGCCUCUCCAUUGCCUCACCAUGAUGAUCAAAGACAAGCAGCAGGUGAAGAAGAGCUACCAAAGUCUCCACCAGCAGAUCGAGUUAGAGAUGAAUAAGGUAACCAAAAGUGAUCUUGAGAAGUUAAAAGGCACCUACAGGCAGUUAACUAAGGAUGCUGUUUUUGCAAGAGAGAAAUACAAGGAGGCUGUUGUUAAAGGCAAAGAGACCGAGAAAGCCAGAGAGCGCUACGACAAAGCCACCAUGAAGUUGCAUAACCUGCACAACCAGUACGUGCUUGCGGUGAAAAGCGCGCAACUACACCAGGAGCACUACAACGAGACUGCGCUGCCCCUGCUACUCGACUCCCUGCAGAGGAUGCAGGAGGAGAUGAUCAGUGCACUUAAGGGGAUUCUGGAGGAGUACAGUGAAAUCACCAGCCUGUUAACAGAUGAAAUCGUAAAGGUCCAUAAAGAAAUACACACUUCUAUCGACCAAAUCGAUCCUCUCUCAGAGUAUGACAACUUCAUCGAAGUGUAUAGAUCACCAGAAGCCAAAGAACCAAAUGUAGAAUUUGAUAUAACGCUAUUAGAGGAAACAGAAAAUCUUCAAGCAAAUGAGAUUCUGUGGAAUAAUUUGACAGCGGACAGUUUACAAGCAAUGCUGAAGUCCACCUCAGAGGAGCUACUGUUAACCCAGCAGAGUCUGUGCAGCAAAGAGGACCUCAUGCUGGACCUGGAGAAUAAAAUAGAAGAGUCUACCAAAACAUUUGAGAAGAAAUCAGAUGUGGUGUUAUUGCUCAGUCAAAAGCAGUCUUUGGAAGAGUUGAGACAGACUGUUCAGCUGCUGCGCUGCUCAGAGACCAAACUCACAGUGCAGAGAGAACUGUUGGAGCAGAAGAUGCAAGAGAACGAGGGCAAAGAACCACCACCUGUCGUCAAUUAUGAAGAGGACGCCCGCUCCGUCAACUCAAUAGAUAAAAGCAAAGACAAGAUAUCAAAGUUUGACACCCUCAGGCACUCCAUCGCCGGAAUCAUCCGCUCGCCAAAGUCUGUUCUGGGCUCCUCCUCAUUUUUUGAUGUGAUACCCACCAGCGAGAAACCGCUGGGUGAUCAGGAGUGGUAUCACGGUGCCAUUCCCAGGACAGAAGCUCAGGAGCUGUUAAAGCAGCAGGGAGACUUCCUGGUGCGUGAGAGCCACGGCAAACCUGGAGAGUAUGUGCUGUCAGUGUUCUCGGAUGGACAACGCAGACAUUUCAUCAUUCAGUUCGCUGAUAAUCAGUACAGAUUUGAAGGCACUGGCUUCCCCACCAUCCCACAGCUCAUUGAGCAUCAUUACACAUCUAAACAAGUCAUCACCAAGAAAUCUGGGGUUGUGCUCUUAAACCCUGUCAUAAAGGAUAAGAAAUGGAUCCUCAAUCACGAGGACGUCAUUCUUGGAGAGCUCCUCGGCAAAGGAAACUUUGGUGAGGUUUUCAAAGGAACACUGCGAGAUAAAACCCCAGUGGCAGUGAAAACCUGUAAGGAAGAUCUACCACAAGACCUCAAAAUAAAGUUCCUCUCAGAAGCCAGAAUCCUGAAGCAGUAUGAUCAUCCCAACAUUGUGAAGUUAAUAGGCGUCUGUACCCAACGACAGCCCAUUUACAUAGUAAUGGAACUUGUACCAGGCGGCGACUUUUUAUCAUACUUAAGAAAGAAAAAGGAGGACCUCAAAACAAAACAACUGGUAAAGUUUGCAUUAGACGCUGCUGCUGGAAUGGCGUACUUGGAGCUAAAGAACUGUAUACACAGAGAUCUGGCUGCUCGGAACUGUCUUGUGGGAGAGAACAACGUGCUGAAGAUCAGUGAUUUUGGGAUGUCCCGGCAGGAGGAUGAUGGCAUCUACUCUUCAUCUGGCCUUAAACAGAUCCCAAUCAAGUGGACUGCACCAGAAGCACUGAACUAUGGGAGAUACAGCUCAGAGAGUGAUGUGUGGAGCUAUGGGAUCCUCCUGUGGGAAACCUUUAGUCUAGGAGUUUGUCCUUACCCAGGCAUGACCAACCAGCAGGCACGAGAACAGGUCGAGAAAGGUUAUAGAAUGUCCUGCUCGCAGAAAUGCCCAGAUGAGGUGUACAGGAUCAUGCAGCGGUGUUGGGAGUACAAGCCGGAAAACAGACCCAAAUUCGCAGACAUUCAGAAAGAACUGGCUGCCGUCAAGAAAAAAUAGCCCUUAAUGAGGACAUGACCAGAGGGCCGAACCCAUACUUCACAUCUAGGUGAUCUUGAAUCUACCGAGAGAAACAUAACCAAUGUUUCACCCUCCAAAUCACAUGCUAUUAUUGUCAAAGAGUACUUUGUCACAUAAUCACUGUGUGAACUGCCUAUGCACCAGCUGUUUUGAGCCAUUAGCAUGGGGAGAGGUCUCCACUUUCCCCCUGUAUUUUGUCCUGUAAGUCUCCACUGAGCAACAGUUGAGCUAGAUCAGAACAUGAGAUGUAUGUUCUCCUAUAGAGGUGCCAUUGAGGAUUUCUGUGGCCGCACUAGUGACUCUCAUUUUCAUAUAUAUUUUUUUAAAGUCCUGAACCCGUUCGAUGGUUUAGGCUGUUUUAUACAAGUCAUUUUAUGUCAUUUUUAUUUUUCCAGAGUAAUAGGACCCUUUUUUAAGCAAACAUAUUUGCUUGGCAUCAGUUCGUCGGUUGCCCAAAACAAGUGUGUUACAUCCAUAAGAAGACUUUCAGUGUGUUACAUUCCAACAUAUCAGCACUCAUCAAAGCAAUGAGACCAAAUGCAUAGGUUUACCUAAGUGCAAUUGACUAAAUAGUACUGUCAGAUGGCCUUAAUGUAAAAUCAAAUGGUUUUGCCAGGCUGUGUGCUGAUGUAUUCUAUUUGAGACCAUUUGAAUGACAUGGACACCGCAUCAGUCUUCACAAAUUCUCCAAUUACCUCUUACUUCUUUGUGGUUCAUGCUAUAUGAUGUUUCAAGGAAUAGUUACUCCCAAAAUUAAAAUAUUCUGUCAUUGUUUACCCACCACCAUAUUGUUGCAAACCCAUAUGACCUUCUUGUUUCCGUGGAACAGUUUAGCAGUAGGUUCAUGAUGCUCAUGGGAUAUCAAUCUCACAAAAAGGACACUUAGACAUUAAAAGCUUUGUGCGAGAAACGGACCAAAAUUUAAGCCGUUAUUUGCUCAAAAAUGUCCCCUCCAAAAAUGUCUACUGCGAGAUAUCUCCUUUUGGGUUCCAUGAAAGAAAGAAACUAAACAUGAGGGUGAGUAAUGACAGAAUUUUCAUAUUUGGGUGAACUAUCCCUUUAACAUCCAACAAAGUUGCCGUGUGGCAUGUUAGACCAUCACCUCAAGCUCUGUCCAAAAUGGACCGUGGUUCAUAUCUGUUGGGAUCCCUGUAUGGAAAGGUGUUUUUUUUUUUCUGGUAACCAGCAACCAAAGCCAGCCACAGGCAUGUUUAUUUGUAUCUAUGCGAUUUGUGUUCUUAUUCUUGUGCGGUUUGUUUAAUUGCUCCUUUACGAUCAGGUGUCCUCUUGCAAACAACCCUUCAGACCUAAUAGACAUGUACUUACAAGUAUUACAGGUUUGCCUAGACAAUGAUUUGUUCUCGAAGACUUUCCCACGUUGUACAGGUGCCAUUGUUUUCCAUGUUUAUAAAUCGCUCUUUACGUACCCAAGCUCCCAGUAUGGCAAGCCGAUUUGUCUUUUAAUAAUGUGCAUGAUAUGAAUUAUGGAUAUCUAAAAUUCUAUUUUGUCUGGUUAAAAUAUGUUAAUUUGUAUCAGCAAUGGAACUGCUGCUAGUGAAAAUGCUCAAUUUCCAUUUCUCUAAUUAGGUUGAGUGGUUAGGUUUUUACUAGUGCAAAUGUAAUGACUAAUGUCAAGAAUUACCAUUUUCACUGUAUCUGUAAUCCAUGUCCUGCACAUGAUUACAUUUCGAAAGGGCUUGCGAUACCCAUAAGUGCGUCCAUGCGGACUGCCCAAACAGUGUCUUGCCAGCAACUUCCUCCAAGCUCCUGAGUCACAUAAAUUUGUCAUUCCAUUUCCACAAAAAUGGAAGUGUGGUUUCUUCAAGGUUUACUCUAUAAAAAGCAUUCCUUUUGUAAUUUGUAAAUACUUUUUUGUAGAUUCAGUAAUUACAUUUUCUAGGUGUUGUUUUUUUCACUGCAAAAUCUAAUGAUAUUAGAAUGUUAAUGUCUGUCAGGAUGGAAUAUGCCUCAACUUUAUGGUUUUUCCAGCUAUAUUUGUCACGAUUAAGACCCAGAUUCAAUACUACUCUAAUAUUUGCACAUUUGGAAUACAUAUAGAGGGUGCUACACCAUUGAAUGUUUCUUAUUCUCCAAUUUCUUUUCCUCUCCAAGUUGUUGCCAUCACUCUAAUGUGGCCAAAUGUCAAACACUUGCACGAAUCAUGCAGAAAUGGUGACAAAUCAAACAUAAUGCUACUGUACAAUACAUUUUGAGUAGUAUAUUUGCAUGAUAGAUCUUCACCUUUGGGUUCAGAUUAAAGUAGAUGUUUUUACGGUAAAGCAGAACUUACGUCAAUGAAACGAUUUUCACCUUUUUUAACGUCAACGCAAUUAUCCUUAGUGUUUUCUUUUAUUUAUUUGAAAUACUGUAAUAUUAUUCCAGCAUUUUAAUCUUUGCUUAUUUUAUUUUUAGUUUUUUGUACCAUUCUCCAUAACUCCUACUGUCAGUGUAUUAAAGUGAUCGCCAGUAUUUGUCUGACAUUAUAUAGAAACUUGUGUUAUUUCAUGAGACUAGAUUUUCAUUUGACCUUUUCUAUGUCUAACUUGCACAUAGUGACCAAGUAAACUUCCAGUUUGAAUAAAAUGGCUUGCUUGUCACCACUUUAGCAAUGCAAGACCAUUGUGAAUAAAUUCUUAAUGCAUUCAUAACUAAAGCCCAUUUGUAAACGUGUUUUCAGUUGUCAUUCAUACGGACAAUUCUCCUUCUUUGAACUCUACUGCCCUGUGCUGGACUAUUUAUUUCCAUGAUGGAAACAUUUUGUAUAUUGAUUGCACUUUUGGCCUGUUGUAUGCUUUAAAAAGAACCCCGUAUAUAUAACAGCAUAAUAGUGCCGUUUCAGGUAACGAUCAGCUCAAAAUCGUCUAGAAUUGAUCACGAACAAGAGCAGAAAAGCAACACUGGACUUAUGAUUGUCAAACUAUCGUAUAUAGUGAUUCAUUUCCAGCUCUGCCCAGUAAAAGAGAAAAUAUGACAACAUAAAUUAGAUAGCUUGAUCUUUUUUUAUCAUGUAGUCUUUUUUUUACCCAUCUCUGUUUGCUCAUAACAUCUCUCUGAUGGACAUUCAACUAUAAUAAUGUCUGCUCAUUGUUUAUAUUGUACACUUGCAAUAAAGGUUUU